AUGGAUGCGCUCGAUUUCUCGAAUACCCUCCCUAAGUAUAACAACUUCAUCGAUCAUCGCCCUGAGGGAUUUCCCAUGGUUUUCAUUCAUGUGACGAAUGCUACUCGGGUGUUCUACAGCAUCCUUGCCCAUCCUCGAUGUACCCACUGUGAAACGCCCCUGGUCACAGUGUUCGCGAACAGCACCGAGCCGAUCCGUGUGGAGUUUGAACUGGAUGAACGAACUGGUUGGCGGUAUCCAGAAUGCGUCCAUCUAGAUGCGGAACAUACGUCCUGGUCAACGCAUCACGCCCAACUCGUCGCGCUCAAUCUGACGCACGCUGUCUGCGAAUUCGAGUCAAGCGGAGUGUUCACGAUGCGCAUUUCACAUUCGGCGUCGUUGGCGGCUCCAGUGAUGGCAGCGGUCGCCCUCCUGCUUUGCCUAAUGGCCAUGGUGUUGACACUUGCGAAAAGAGCAACAACUGCCAGGCUCAUCCGACUCGGAUAUAUCGUCACCUUCGUCCUUAACGCCACUAACCUGUACUUCGUGAACAGAGCAGCAGUGAAUCAGGUGUUUACGUCAGAAUGUUCUGUCCCGGGAAAUGGAUUCUACCGGAUACCCAACCAGGGCUUGUUUGACUCUCUUAACGCGAAUUUCGAUCUGUGA